GUGCCUCCGCCUACGGGUCCGACAGUUCGUCAGUAUCGACCACAUACGCCACGUAUCGUCUCGAUCUAUUCGUGUUCCUGAAGAACCACCUAGUUGACCUGGCAUUUGCUGCGCAAAAGCACCGAACCAUGAGCUUGGGUCCUGGCCAGCGGCGGAAAACGCCAACUGCGCGUGUCAUGGGCUUCAACCUCACCCCAGAAGGGUAUCGUGAGCAAAGUGACAGGGGAGAGCCAGGUGCAGUACUUGGAAAACCAGGUUACUCGGCAUUCCUAAAAUCAAUGCCCUCUGAGCUCCAAAAAGCUCGUGAUGAGUUGCACGCCAUUGAGAUGGACUGGAAGUCAAAGGUAACGGAGUUGACUUGCUACAAGGACUCAUUGAAGGAGAAAGCAUCUCGUGUGGAAAGUCUCACAUGCGAGCUCAUUCACGUGAAGAGCAGCAUGGAAGAACACGAGCAACGUUGCAAGGCAGCUGAGAUAAGGGCUGAAAAACUGGAACUUGUGAUAAAAAAUAGCACUGUCGCUUUUCAAGAGGUGCUGAAAAAACUAACAAAGUACGAAAAAAUGGAAGACAGACUGAUGGAGGAGAUAAGGCUGUUGGAAGACUGCGGCAAUAAGUUCCCAAAUCUCCUGGCUGAUGCUAAGAAGAAGAUGAAGCAGGAGUUGUCUAAGAACAAAAUCUUCAAGAGGAAAGUGAAUCACCUUACCAUGGAACUUGAAAGCUGCAGAAAGAAGUUGGAUGCAAAGUCGCAGCUGUAUCAGGACACAGUGGAUGCCAAGAUUGCUCUAGAAGAACAGCUUGGUGAACUGCAGAACCAUAUUGAGGCUCUCAAUGCCGACAACGCGAAGUGCCAGAGCAAGAUGCAGUUUCUGGUACAAGAACACAGCAAUGUCCUCUCACAUCGAGAAAGCCUGGAGUGUCAGCUUAAGGAAGAGAAGGAAGAAAAGGCACUGCUGGAUGCGUGCCUGCGAAAGCUGGCAGAAAGCCUGUGUGCCCAGCUGGACCUGAACAACAUGUCAACACUGGCAGUCAUCGAGGCCACAGGCAAUGCACUGCAGCAACUAAUACAUGAGUGCAGCUCCCUGCAUGACAAGGAAGUGCUCAAUGACACCACUAUGAGAACACUGAUCGCUGAGAAAGACACUCUGAUGGCUGAGAAACAGGCCUUAGGAGAGAAGCUCAAGGACUUUAACGAACUCCAGGAAAUGAAGCAGCAUCUGGAGAAUGAACUGAAGGUUCAGGCGGAUGCCAAGAAAGAGAUGAUAAGAGAUUUCCAAGAAAGCCAGCGCAAAACCUUGGACUACUUGGAGCAACUGGAACAUGAAAAUGCAGCGACUUUGUCUUCUUUGGACAAACUUUCAUUAGAUGCGGUGGCAGAUGCACUUGAACAUCGAUCAGACAUCUCUGAUGCAAUGUUCCACUGGAGGCACAUAAGCAACAGGGUGUCUGAGCUUGACGACGAAUGUGUUCAGAAGGAGAUGGAGCUGCAGCGACUGAAUGGAAUGUGUUCAAACAAUGCCUUGACCAUUGAGGCACUGCAGGCCGAGAAUGAACGUCUCUAUGAGGGCGUCACUAACUUUGAACAGCUUGCAUUGGCAAAUGCUGAUGAUCUAGCAGAAGCACAAAGUGAAAUCGCAUCACUCAAGGAGGCCCUAGCCGCAGCCAAGAUGGAGGCUGUUCCAGUGGAAGAGCGUGAAAAAGCUGUCCUGCUGCUUCUCGAGAAGGAGACACAAAUUUCCCAGAUGGAAGAGAAGCUGCAGGAGAUGGAAGGCGCACUGUCCAACCUCAAGCGGGAAAAGGAGGCAGCAUGCGAGACUGCGCAGUUUAUCAGUGAUGCCAAUGAGGACUUGAAGAAUGCCAUGCUGAGCCUCGCUGACGAGCUUACCCAGGAGCGAAAACAGAAAGAGGACAGAGUUGAUAAUGAUGCACAAACAGAGGAGACCGAAAUGGUUGACUGUGACUUGCAGACUGAUGACGUAGCUGAAGUAAACUUGCAGGCAAAGGUUGAUUGUGAAGUGCAGACAGCCGACACAGGUGAUGAGGAAAUCCUGUCUAAGCUUGCAGGUGCACAACUUGAACUAAACCGACUGAAUCUGUCUUUACGCCGACUCAACUUUGAGAAAGAAGCUGUUGACAAGAGCCACAAGGGUUGUGAAGGUAUGAGAGCAAGGGAGCAACAAGCCCGCCUGGCCCUGGAAAGGAGGGUGGAAGAACUGGCGAACCAGGUAAUCGCGAAAGACAAUGAAGUGCACGAACAGCGAAAGAUGAUCAACUCAUUGCAAGCCUCUCUUGAUUCACAAGAGAAAGAAGCUCAAAAGCUUUCUAGAAGCGCUAACCAAGCAUCUGCUGGACUGAAGACACAGAAUGAGCGCAUGAAGGCAGAAGUGUCGAAGCUGCAGCAGAAGGUUCAAGACCUGACCUGCGAGUUGAACACUGUGAAAGAGACAGAAGCGCUGAAACGGGAGCGCAUUGAACAGCUCUACAAGCAGUCCAAGGAAGAGAUCCAGUUUCUGAAGAAAUCAAGUUGUGAUGUGGCUCCAGGAACCCCGCUUCUCCAGGCUAUGACACCCAUGACACCCGUGUUGCAGUCAAAACUAAAAUCCGUGCCAACAGCUGCCUCUGAAGAAGCUGAACACGAACAUGCAGACAAACAUAAGACCAUGUUCACUCCUGAGCCUACGAACACCCCAGUCAAGUCUAGCAUUUCAUGGACUGAGGCAAAGACUACAGUAGUGGCUGCACCGCUUUCUGUCGAAGAAGCAGCUGCUGACAAUUCAUCCGCUGAUUCCCUCUCAAAAUUGGUGGAUGAAAUUGAGAGGACGUCAUCCAAGGUCCGACUUCCGAAAGAGAGUGACACAGGGGGCAGCACCUACAAGGAAGAAAGCGCAAGCAAGCGCCCGGUAGCAACCAAGAUGUCGCAGCAGCGAUCCAUGGCCAAGCCCUUGACGAAAACGCCAAGAAGGAGCCCUCGUCAGCAUGUGUCUGAGAAAUCUGGGCGCAGCAUGGCAAGCACAAAGGCAUCGUCUGACAAGGUGUCCGCUGUUGCUGGUAUGCAGAAGAAGCCAGUGCAGCCAAGCAAGAAAGCUGAUGACACUUCACUUAAGUCUCGGGCUGACAUCUCAACAAAGUCAGCUGUCACUGCACCGGCUGCCAAAAAGAGGAAGUUCUUUCAGCCGAAAGACAGUGACUGGGAUGAUUUGUUCAAGAUCAGCUUGAUCUGAGCGCUGGCUUGGCCCAGGGCAGGUUACAACUAGGCCACAUUUCUCCUGUGCAUGGGUCUGCACAGUUUAUUUUUUUAAAUUAAUUUUUCAUGAGAGGUCUGCACAGGGGAUGCAUUUUUUGUGUGUGGGCAUACAUACUAUUUCAUUGCUCAUUGAUAUUUAUCUCAUAUUACUAGCUAUAUUUUCUCUUAGCUUACAGUUGGUGUUUUAGCUGUUUGCCAUUGUCAGAAGAAAACAGCUACAUCAUUAACUGUUUACAUCAGGCACUCGGUGCAAGUGAGCAUUGAGUGUGUGACAUAAUUUCUUUUUCGCCACAUGCAUAUAUAUAUUGAUGUGUUCAUUUUUUGUGUGCUAUAGUUGACUUCAUCAUAGAGGCAAAGCAGGGCUGCUGUUCCUCAAGCUUGUUCAUUUUCACGUUAUACAUUUCUAGCCUAUGAUGUAAGUUUUAAUGUUUAUAUUUUAUUCACAUUCACCCCUUUUCAGCUAGCUUACAGUUGGAGUUAGUUUAUCGCUUUUAGAUUUGGUCCAUAAAUUGCAAUAAUAUAUUUCUUGUUUUAUUCAUUUGCUUUCUUAUCAAAGCUCCAAUAAAGAUUUGUAUUGGUACAGCAA